AUGGCCAGCCCAAACUACAAGGAAGACCCCAGGCCUCGCAGUCCCGAGAUAGUUAUUGCUUCACCUGUCACAAGUCUAGCCGAGUCCACCACCACCACCACCCCCGCCACCCCCGCCGCCGCCGAUCUUGACAAACCAGUCCGGAUCCUAGUACAGACCAGGACCGAUCUCGUGCCGGGCGACAAGUCCACCUACAGCCUAGCGCGGAAAGACGCCAUGGAAAACCUCAUCUGCCAGCACGUGUGGCAGCGCAACUUUGACGACCACCGCGAGCGUGCCUGGGCCUACAACUGCGAGUUUGCCUGGGACAGCGUCGAGUGCUGGUUCCUCGUCGACCACCACGGGCCGGACCCCAUGCCGCCGCUAGACCCGCCUGUGGUGUGGUAUAAGUGGACGGGGGCGGAGUUCCCGCUCCCCCGCAAGGUACGCCGCAGGGUGCGAAGCUACCCGUUCACGCGGAUCCCGCCCGAGCAGUUAUUGAAGCGGCGGACACCGCGCCCGAUACCGCCGCCGAGGGAGUUUGAGUCUCGCGCCGAAGAGAUACGUGUUCAGCGGGCCAGGCUGCGGAACACCUUGGCCUGUAAUUUGGGCUUGACUGAGGAGCUCGUGCGGUUUGCGAAGGAGAACCCGGGCCCGGCGGAAUGGGUGCGGGCAAGGGUGCCGCCGGAUGCGUGGGCGAGGGUGGAUGAUGAUACAAAGGUGGAGAUGAUGUGA